AUGCUCUCUCUAUAUAAAGGCGGUUUACCAUCGCUACUUAGUCCAAUUUUGCUCAUUUUUCGUCACGUUAUAACCUACUUGAAAUAUGUUUUUGGCAAUUUGGUCGGCUAUUUGAAAGGAAAGCUUGAAGGAGGAGUUGACGAUGUUCAAAAGAUUGCAACCCAAUUCUGUGGGGAAAAGGCUCCAAUCCUUCUCCAGGGAGCAUGCAAGAGCUUCGUGGAGGACAGUAUGAGCCGCAUUGUGGCACUAUUAAAGGAGAAGGUCGACGUGACAAAAAUCUGCACUAUAAUCAAGAUGUGCAAAAACUAAAUCCAUGAAGUUUCAAUAAAUCCUUCACGCA